AUGAUAAUGACCAUUGUAAGACAAAGAGUUUUUUUUUCCGUUAGAAAACUCAGCAUGCAAAGCGUGAUCAAUUUACCGCGCCUUGUACUUGAUGAGGAUGAUCUUCGUUACAUUUUUGAAGAGAAAUGUAAGGAUUUCGGACUUAAAUUUACAGAGAAACUCUUUCAAAGGUUUGUAAACAAUCAAUCUAAGAAAACUUUCAAAAAAAUCUUCGAAAUGGAAAGCUGUUCGCUUGGACCACUUGCUGCAUGCGCUGUAGCUGAUACCGUGUAUAAAUAUAACAAUAUUAAAGUUGUUUGCAUUUCAGGAAAUAAUAUCGGAGAUAAAGGCGCCGCAGCAUUCUCCACAUUACUUCAAUCGACAUCCAGGAUCAUUUCUGUUGAUAUUUCAUCGAAUUCUAUCGGUGAUCUUGGUUGUUCUUUGAUUUUUAAGGCUUUAAAGGAAAAUAAGUCAGUAAUUCAACUGAAAAUCGGCAGCAGCAGUGGUGUUGCCCGUAACACUCUUGGUGUUAAGUCAAUUCAACAAAUGGCAGAGAUGUUUUCCGAAAAUAAAGUUUUAUCUGAAAUUGAUUUAUCAAUGACAGAAAUUACAGCGGACACAAUACAAGCCAUUUCUAAAGGCCUCAAGGAAAAUAAGACAAUACAGGUAAUUAACUUACAAAAUAACAAUAUGCAAACAAAAGGCGCAAGUUACUUGCUAAGAGCCUUAGUUAAUUCUCAGAUUCGCGAGCUUAACUUCUCUAAUAACCAUAUUGGCGAUGUAGCUUCUAAAGAAUUCGCUAAUUUCUUCCAAACAAAUAAAUCGCUUAAUACACUUAAUAUUUCCGGAAAUAGCUUUACAGCGAAAUUUACAGGUGCUAUUGCAGAAGCUCUUGGAGCUAAUACUUCAAUACGCGAGCUUAAUCUCAGCAAAAAUAACAUUGGCGGCCAAGGAAUUGCCGCUCUUGGUCCAGUGUUCACAACAAACGAAACAUUACACCAUCUCAAUGUCAGCUUCUGUAAAAUUGAUGCUGCUGGCUUUGAAACUUUCGCGAUAAAUCUGAAACAAAACAAAACCUUACAAUGCCUUAAUCUCGGCCAUAAUCCGUUACGUGAUGCAGGAGCCACAAAAUUGGCCGACAUAAUUAAGGUUCAUCCUUCAUUACGCGAUAUCGACCUUGAACUAUGCGAAAUUAACGAUUCUGGCAGCGAUAACUUGUUUAAAGCUCUUACACAAUCAAAGAUUGUUGACACUGUCAGCAUAAAGAACAAUCUUAUCAAAAAUGGAAUUCCAAUUCAAACUUGUGUCAAUGAAAACACUCAUAUUCUCAACCUGAAUAUCGAGUUUAACGAUAUUGACUUCAAAUUGUUCACUGAAAUCCAACGCCAAGUUAAAUCGAAUAUGAAAGCUUGGCAAGAUGGUCAUAAAACAAGAAUUGAAGGCGAACUCGAGUCUCUGCAAGAAUGUGAAGCCAAUUUGCACCUUACGAGGAACAGUAUUGCAGACGAAAGAAAAGAAAUCGCACAACUCGAGGAGACACUUUCAGCGGCCGAGGCAUCAUUGGUCGAAGCUCAGGAGAGUAAGAAGACAAAUAUCGCAAACUUGGAACAACAAUUUAAGGAUAUUUGCGACAAAUGCACCGAACAACUCGACAGGCUUAGAGAAGAGCAUGGAAAUGCACAGCAUGACGUUGAUAUGAUGACACAAACAAGAGAUUCGCUGGCAAUGAACUUGGAAAGUGAAAUUUCCAACUUCAAACAAUAUAAUAAGACAUUUGCCAAAACAAACCAGACCAUUGAUGAAAUGGGAACAUCUACUGUUGAUGAACUUCGCAACCUUGACCUAGAAAUCAAAGAUAAAAGGCAGCGUUACAAAGAUGCGAUCUCCAUUUUAACGGAUGCUUACGAAUCAGUUAAAGCUCAGCAAGCCGCUCAAGCAGCUAUACAAGAAGCGCAAGCUAAUGCUGGUAACGAAGAACAAAAACCAGUUCAACCACCAGCAUCAGCUAAAUCAACCAAAGCAGGGGCCAAGAAAGGAGCAGCUGGAAAGGGAAAGAAGGGAGGAAAAGGAGGCAAAGGAAAGAAAGGCAAAAAAGAAGAACCUGUGGCAAAUGAAAAUGAAAACAAAGAACAAAACAACACUGAAGCUGCCGAUGCAAAUCCUCCUGCUGAAGGUGAAUCAAAGCCAGCUGAAGAAACCAAAACAGAGUAA